AUGCCUGCUUGGAAACAAAUCACUAUCCCUGAAACGCCUUCUGCUGACUACGUUAUUGUCAAAAAUAUCUCUACUCAAUCAUCUGAAAAGACAGUCAAGGAAUUCUUCUUAUUCUGUGGUAAGAUCCUUGAUUUUGAGUUGACCUUGGAUGACGAUGGACAACAUCAAAUUGCCUUGAUUCGCUUCGAACGUGAAUCUGCUGCCAAGACAGCUACUCUUCUUAGUAAUGCCUUGAUCGAUGACUGUCAUAUUGUGGCUGAACCUUACUUUGAAUCUGCUAAACCCAAAGAUGAAGCAGUUCCAGAGAAUACAGGUGCAGCAGAUGAACAUGUUCAACAAGAAUCAAAGCCCAAGGCACGCAUUGCUGCUGAAAUCUUGGCUAAUGGCUACAUUCUCCAAGAUCAAGUUGUUGCCAAGGGACUUGAAUAUGACUCCAAAUACAAUGUUACCACUCGCCUCAGCGGUUACUUUAGCGCUCUCACUUCUAAUGUGAAGCAGAUUGAUGAAAAAUAUCGUAUUUGGGAUAAGGCUUUAGAGAUUGACAACAAGUUCAAGAUUCAUGAAAAGGUUCAAACUGCUGCUCAAACUGCUCAAAGCAAGGCUACUGCUGCACUUCAAUCACCUACAGGUCAAAAGGUUCAUGACUUCGCAAACCAAACCAUUGCUCAGAUCGCUGCUGUACACUAUGAAGCUAAAAAGAUUCAAAAUGAAAAGGCUGUUUCUGCUGCUGCCUCUGCUUAA